GCUCAGAACGCAGCGUCUCCUAGCAGCGCGCGGCACACGGCUCGCGCGGAGCGGCUUUGGGGGGAACUCUCGCGUGGAAUGUUGGAGUUUUUCCUCUUUUUGAGAUGAAACAGAAUCUGUGACGGACUUCUAACGGAUUUCUCCGCCGUCGCUACUUUGUUUCUUCUUGGUUACUUUGUUUCUUCGGCUCCACUGUUGCGUCACUGAUGGAAUCCCUCUUCUCCAGGCACGCGCUGGGCUCCCUUCGGUUUCCUUCUUUAAAGCCUUUUCAUUGAUUUAUUCAUUGUUUUUUUAUUGUUUGUGUUUAUUUGUCCGCCUCUACGUCACUGAUGGGGUCCCUCUCGCGCGCGCACGGCUGAUGAGUGAGUUUUAAGGGGGACAAACUCACUUUUUAACUGCUUAGUUUCUCAUCCGUUUAUUUUGUUGUUAUUAUUAUUAUUAAUAAUAAUAAUUUGCGUUUGUUUUUAUUUGUUUACGUGUUCGUUAUUUUGUGUUCUGCACGGCUCUUUUUCUCGUGUUUACUCGUCAGGACGCGCCCGUGGACGGCCGUUUCAAAGUCUUGUGAGCCGCGCGAGGGCUCGAGAGCUUCCCGUCACCGCGUCACCGGCCCGCACGUGGCGGCCAGUGUCCGGGUGCCAUAGCAACGCUUCACACCUGGACUGGACUGUUCUAUUAUCAUUUUUUUUGAUUGUACGCACGAGCAUCGUUUUGGGCGGACAUCGCGGGAGCUGCUCGCAUCCACAGGGCUCGCGGAGGGGAUGGUGUGUGUGUGUGCGUGAGCGGGGGAGAUGGGAGCGGCGGGGCGGCGCGUGCUGCACCGCUGCUGCUGCGCGCUCGCACUCAUCUGCAGCCUCGCGCUGCUCGAGGCGAAAAUACUGGAGCCGGUGGAGUGGAGUACUCACAACAGCAGGUUCGUUCCUGGGAAAGGUCUGGUGAUUUAUCCUGAGAUUGGAGAUAAGUUGGACAUCAUGUGCCCACGUGGUUCCGUGAACCGACCAUAUGAGUUCUAUAAACUUUACCUGGUGAGGAAAGAUCAGGCGGAGUCCUGUAGCACCAUUCUGGACCCCAACGUACUGGUCACCUGCAACAAACCCGAAAAGGACAUCAAAUUCACCAUCAAGUUCCAGGAGUUCAGCCCCAACUACAUGGGCCUGGAGUUCAAACGCAACGUCAACUACUUCAUCACCUCCACCUCUAAUGGAACACUGGAGGGUUUGGAGAACAGAGAAGGAGGAGUGUGUAGCACCAGAUCCAUGAAGAUCAUCAUGAAAGUGGGACAGGACCCAAACACUGCCGACCUGGCGCCAACAGACGGUCCAGACCGAGAUCAGGACAACGAGAUUAAAGACCCAACAACCAGCCCGGCCAGGAAGAAAGACAGAGACAGAGAGAGAGAGCGAGAGAGAGACAGACCCAUACAGCCCGGGAGUAAAGACACGAGAAACGGCGCUGGUUCUGGUUCCGGUUCCGGUUCUGGCUCCGGUUCCGGUUCCGGUUCCGGUUCGAGUUCCACCGAUGGGUUUUUUGGUUCCAAGCCCGCCGUGUUCGCCUCCAUCAGCGCCGGCUGCCUCGUCUUCAUCCUCAUCAUCAUCAUCCUCAUCGUCCUGCUGCUCAAACUGCGCAAGAGGAGCCGCAAGCACUCGCAGCCGAGGGGCGGGGCCGCGCUGUCACUCAGCACGCUGGCCCCGCCCAAAGGCUCCACCCACGCCGGCGCAGAGCCCAGUGACAUCAUCAUCCCGCUGCGCACCAGCGAGAACAACUACUGCCCGCACUACGAGAAAGUUAGUGGAGAUUACGGACAUCCGGUUUAUAUCGUCCAGGAAAUGCCCCCCCAAAGCCCCGCCAACAUCUACUACAAAGUCUGAGAGAGGGAGAGACGGAAGGAGAAGGAGAGAGAAAGAAAGAGAGAGAAAGAAAGAGAGAGAUAAACGCGAAUAUCCUCACAUAACAUCUUCAGAUAAGACACUGUGGAACAUGCUGGAUCUUUUGUGUCAUGUUCUCAAAACUAUCUGGAGAUUUUGGGGAGGAAAGAAUGGAAGGAGGGAAAAGGGAGGGAUGAAAACAGACGAGUGAAGGACUAAACGGAUUAGAAAAGAGAGAGAAAGAGAUGGAGAAAGAGGAAAAAGAUAAAUGUCUUCAGAUGAGAAGAUGCAUCUUUUUUCUCUCGCAUUUUUAACCAGUUCUGAGAUCUGGAGACGAAAGGAUGGAAGGAGGGAAAAGAGAGGGAUGGAAAAGAGAUGAGUGAUGGACUACGGUUGUAGAAGAACGAGAGAAAGAGGCAGAGAAAGAGAAAACGCCGGAUACGUCUUCAAGUAAGAUGAGAGGGAGGAUGUUGGAUCUUUUCCUCUCGCCUCUCGUCGAGCCUCUCUGGAGACGAAAGGAUGGAAGCAGAAGAGAGGGAUGAAAAACGAGGAGUGAAGGAUAAAUAAAUUCGUCUUGCACUUGUUUCUUCUCACCCGUGUGUCUCUCUCUCUCUCAGUCCAACCUCUAUAGACUCAGGCUGUGGACUUUUAUUAUGGAAAAUCCUCCAGCCAAUCACGGACAGGCUUGGGCUGUUUGUUUUUUCACAUUAGUUAUUUUAUUUCUAGUUUAUUUCAGUUUUUUUCUGUUUUAAAUCACUUUCAUCACUCGUUUCCUUCACUCGUUUACCCAAGAAUUUCUCUGUGCUUUGGUGAUUUAAUGCCCCCGACACACACACACACACACACACACACACACACACACACACACACACAGUGUGAAAGUAUAAAACGUCAUUAUUUUAGCGAUUGUUUACAGAUAUUAAUUUGUGUAAAUUAUACACUACAGCUCAAAAAUUUAGAAUCUUUGUUUUUAAUAAUAAAAAACAAUAAAUAUAUAAAUAACUGUAACUGAUUGUUCUGAACAAUUAAAUGAAGUUCUAAUAAAAGUAAUAUCUGGAAUAAAGUUCUGUUAAUUUCCAGAAUAAAUUUUUAAUAAAAUUUAUAUCCAGAAUGAAGUUCUAAUGAAAACUGAUAUCCAAUAUCAAAUAAAAUUAAAUUUCAGAAUUCAUCAUAUUUUAAAACUGGAGAUCAGAUUUGACCAAAAAUGACCGUAAAUAUAAUCACGUCUGAAGUGUUAAAAUACAGAGUAAAGAGUUUAAGAAAUGCUUUUCAGUGAACAGAUUAAAAUAUAAUAAUAAUAAAAUAUUAAAAACAGGUUCCAGAUUUUUGAACUGAGGUGUUUCUUUGUAUUUCAGUCAGAAAUAAUUUAGACUUGAUCAGUUAAACACACACACACACACACACACACACACACACACACACACACACACACACACACUCACACAGAUACACACACACACACACACACACACACA